AUGGAUAACUUGCUUAUCCUGCUAAUUCCCUUACUGGGAUAUGCAGGCCUUAAUGCAAUGUUAGCACUAAAAAGGCAUAAGAGACGAUCUUCUUUAUCUAAUAGACAGUUUGAAGAAGAUUCAGAUGGAGAAUAUUGCAUUCAGGAUGUCACAGAAGACACCGAAUCUGCAAAAAUCUCAAUAGACAGCAUCACUUGCCGCGAUUCUCCGGAUGCUAUUCUCUUUCCAUCAGAAGAUAACGUUGAAAUUGUUGCUGACCACGUUAAAAUAGAAAAUAAAAGCGACAAACCACUUUCUUCAGAGAAUGUUUACAGUGAAAUUGGUGAACAUAUAGUUCCAACUAUAUUAUCUAGAUUUUUACCUCAAAUUAAUAUUCAUUUCAACAAAAUAGUCGAACAAAAUUCUCAAGAUAAUAACGAAAUCAUUCAUACAGAUGCAAUUGUCGACUUUGCCAAAUCGAAUAUUGAAAUUACGGAAAGUAAUCAACAAUCUUUUCCGAUUAUUUUUGGUAAAUCCGAAGAGCAGAUUAUUAAAGACCAUCAAAAAUCAGUUUGCAACAGAUUAACUAUCAGCGAAGUACAAAAUGAAAUCACCGCGAUUCCUGAAGAAAACAAUUUUACAAUUCAGAGUGAAGAAGUUUUCGAAAGAAAGAAGAACUUCAAAUAUUCAGCAGAAGAUGAAUAUGUUCCACUCUCAAUUAUCAACAGACUCGCGUUUGAAAAAUUUGAACACAUAAAUGUUCCAUAUUUACCAUUCCCUGACUACAGAGCCAUUCCUCCUGUUGAGAGAAUCAAUAUCAGCAUACCACCUGUCCAUCAUGAAGAAGAUGGAGACCAAUCUUAUUCUCAUUCAGCUUCUAACGAGUCACAAGAAGGUUACAGUGAAGAGUCAGAGGUUACAUCAAACGUUGAACCAACAAAUGCUUCUCAAUUAGAAAAAAUACAACCAAUUGAUGUCGAUAUUGAAGAACCAUCGAAAGAAAACGUUACAGAACAACUUUCACAAGAAGAUAUUAAUGAUACAAGCGCAAUUGAUCAAAUAAAUCCUGAACAAGAUAAUCUUAAUAUUUCAUUACUUAAUGAUAUCAAUCAAAUACAAAAUAUUGAUAGCCAACAUCCAGGAAAUUAUGAAUUAUAUGAUCCGUUCUACGUUAAGCCAAAAUAUUCCGUUCAACCGACUCAAAUUAUUUUUGCUCAACCUGUUCAAACUGAAACAAAGUCAAAUGAGCCAAAUGAAGGACACAAAUCUCCGAAAUCAUCUCAAAAUUCCGAAAAUGAUUACGAAGAAGAUUUUGAUCAAAUUCAUGCACGAGAUGUAGGAUUUGAGUUCACAACCGCAGAAAUUGAUGAAAGCUCAAGCGUCGAGACACAUAUUUCUGCUGUUGAUCAAAAUAUUGUUCGACCAUUGAUCGAAAUUUCGGAAAUUGAUUAUCACCAAUAUGAUAACAAUGAAGAUGUUAAGAUAGAAAUGUCUUCUGUUUUGGAAUUUUCUUAUGAUAAUUUGGAAUCUCAAAAAUUAUUAUCUGAAACAACAGAUUUACUUGAUAAUUCUGAUUCAAAUCAACAAAAUGGACAUAUUGAUCUCAUGUUUUCAAGUUAUACUGAGAUUAAUUUGCCGAUUUCAGAUGAAAUUUCUGAAAUCAAAGAAAACGUAGUUCCAAUAGUACAAUCAGAACAAGCCGAACCAGAGAAACCAAUAGAACUAUCAAUUUCUGAAUCAUUUGGACAGAAUAUUAUUAUUCAAUCUGAAAUUGAAGAAAUUCCACAAAAAGAAGAGAUCAAACUUGAAAUAACCCAAAAUGAGAACAUUUCUAUUGAAAGAGAUAUUAAGGAUCUGAAGUUUGAGAAAUUUGAUCAAUUUAAUUUGGAAAAUCAAAGAAGAAAACUUGUUUUAUCGGACAAUAUCAUUGAGAUGAACUUGGCUUAUUCAACAUUCCAGUUGAUCCAAUCCAAUUUUGUCGAAUUUGAACAAAUAUUUUCAGAUAAACUCAAAAUUUGCAAACAAAUUGUUGAAUUACACCUUCCAAUUUCAGAUGCUGAACAAGGAAAUCAACUUCAGCCAUCAGAACUCAAAGAAACUCAUGUUGAUUUACAAGAUUUACAAGAAAAUCAACAAGAAAGUGAUAAAUUUGUCGAUCAAAAUACAUUGACCAACUUAUUUGAACCUCCUGUUUUGUCGAUGUCCGAAAUUGAGAAUUUAAUUUCCGUAAAUGAAGGAAAUGAGAAAGAAUUUGUAUUGAGUGAUAUCAAGAACAUCAUCAAUAUCAAUGAUAGAUCAAAUGAUCUCUCCAUUUCUCAAAUCCCGACAUUCUUUGUCAUUCCUUCGAUUAAAUCAGAAACAGAAAUUAGUCAAACAACUCUUUCAAUGUCACAAAUUGAGAGUUUGGAUGAAAUUCAACUUCCUUCUGACCUCAAAUACAGUGAAGUAUCGAAUUUCAAUAUUAAAAACGAUAACUCUCAAUUUGAAAACGGUUUGACAAUGACAGAAAUCUCAAAUAUCAACAUUUCACCAGUAAAGAGUGAAGAACAAAACCUUUCACUGUCAUCAUCAUUGUUCCAUGUGUUCGAUAACAAUGAUAACCAAGAAAGAAAUGUUUUGAUGAUUUCUAAUCUGGAAUUUUCUCAGAAAAGUGACAAAGAAGAACCAAACUUAGAGAUUUCAAACACAGAAAUCAAUCUUCCAAACAAAGAAGACAUUUCUCAGAUACUCCUCGAAAUUUCUCAACCAGAAAUUAAUCAGAAAAGUGACAAAGAAAUGACACUUUUACAAUUAUCACAACCAGAAUUUUCUUUGCAAAAUAAUAAUGAAAAUGAAGCCAAAUUCUUGGAAAUUUCUCAACCAGAAUUUUCAUUACAAAACAAAUCAGAAAAAUUCGAACCAUUUUUGGAAAUUUCUCAACCAGAAAUUAAUCAGAAAAGUGACAAAGAAAUGACACUUUUACAACUAUCACAACCAGAAUUUUCAUUACAAAACAACAAUGAAAAUGAAGAAGAAGAGGAAGAAGGAGAAAUCAAAGAAAGAUCAUUGAUGAUUUUGGAUGAUGAUAAAAAUUUGUCACUUUUACCAGAAAAAAGUGAAAAAUUAAAUAUUCCAGAGUUUGAAAUCUCCAAAUCUGUCUUCAAUACAAUUGGUUUCAACGAAAACAAACAACCAAUUAUAUCUGAUAUUGUCAUUUACGAAUUUAAUGAUGAAAAGAAUUCACAAAAACUGACAAUUUGUACCGAAGAAACAUUUGAUGUUGAAAACAACAAAAAUGAGUUAAACAUUGAUCCAAUUAUCUUUGAAUACCAUGCUUCCAUUUCUCCUGAGAUAAGAAAUGUUUUAUCUCCUAUCGAAUCAUUUGACAAAGAUUAUAAACAAAAUAAUUUGUCUUUCUCUGAUAAUUCAAAUGAAUUCAUAAGAAUAGGAAAUGAAACAAAUUUGUUGGAAAUUUCCAAUGAAUCAUUCUUCGUUGAAUCUAAGGCAGACAAGAUUAAAUUGGAGACAUCAAAUGUCAACGAAAAACAUCAGUUCAGACAGAUGUCUAAACUCAGCUAUUCCAAACCAUCAGAACUAUUCUUCUUCGAUCCAUCAACUCUACCUCAUUACGGAUUUGAGUUCCAAUCAUUCGAUUCAGAACCAAUCGAACAGAAAAUACCUGAAUUCUCAUUCAGUACAGCUCUCCAUCACAAGGAAGUUACUCAAAACGAAACACUUCUUUCUUGUGCAACUGUUCCAACAUAUUACUUAUACAUCGCUCCAAACGAAAAUCAAAAUGAAAAUGAAAAAGAAAAAGUGACAAUUUCAAAAAAUCCAACAGAAGAAAAUAAUGGCGAAGAAGAGUCCCAUCCAGAUAAAAAUGACACUAAAGAAGCAAAUCAUCAAGAAAAUGAAGAAGAAAAUAUUCCAGAAAAUGUUGAAAAUAAUGAUGUUGUUGAAAGAAAUAAUUUAAGUGUUUCUAAUAAUGAAAAUGAAUUUGAGCUGAUAAUGAGUGAUGUUUCACAUCAGUUUGUGGAACAGAUACCUUCACAAUUGACAUUAGUAACAAAUAUCAUUGACCACUCAUCAUUUGAAAGAAAUCCACUUUCAACAUCAGAAAUUUUCACUGAACAAUCAUUGAAUUUAGUUGAUCAAAACGAGUUUUACAAACAAAAACUAUCAAUUUCAAAUGAUUGCACAUGCAUAAUUGAUCUACAAAAACCACUUAGUUUAUCACCAAUAUCACAAACACUUAUAUCUAUCCAACCAAAACAAAACAAAUUCAAUAUCAAAGAACAAGAAAUCAUCGAAAUUAAACCAGAAGAAAAAAUCAAUGAAGAAGAGAAACAAACCAAUAUAUUUAGUGAAAUCAAAUUACUAGAUACAUUCGAAGUUCCUCUUCGUGAAAUUAACUCUAAAAUCAUCAAGUUAAGAGAUGAAUUUUAUGACAAUUCUGGUUUACAAAAACUGUUAUCUUUGAAUACUUUACAUGACAUUUCACUUUCACCUGAGAAGAAAGUUUAUAACUUAACGAGAUAUCAAAGUGAAACAGAGAUUAUAGAAGCAACAAUUCCUUCUUUGAGUGAAUCACAACCUUCUCAUUUCAAUUUCACUUUAUCUGACCAAGUUAAAUUAGAAAUCAAUGAAAUUUCAAAUGAUUUCGAUAAAGAAAACGAAACAAAUAAACUUGAAGUCAGUGAAAUGAAUUAUCAGUUCAGUGACAAGGAAUCUAAAGUUAAUUUAUCAGAAAGUUUCGUUGAUGAACAUAAUUUCGACCAAAAUCAAAAUGAUUUAACAACUUCUGAAUCCAAUUAUGUAUUUAGAGAUUCAAAUGAAGUCAAACUUGAGAAAUCAGGAUCAACACAUCAUUUCUUUGAAUCGAAACCAAAACUAUCAGUCAUGAAACCAACAGAACAAUUCUAUUGUGAGAAUGAUUUGUCUACUCCUUUGAGAUAUGAAAUAGAAACACAAUCAACAGACAAAUUAUCUCCAAAUAUGAAAUUGGAUAAUGAUAUUUACAAUGUAAGUAUUGAUUUGACUGAUGAAAGAUAUCAAUUGGAUAUUUCUAACUCUGUUUAUUCUUCAUUUAACUUUGGCGAGAAAGAAAAAAUUAAAUGUGAGAUUUCAUCAGAAGAAAUUGUUAAUUUUGCAGAAAAAGUUCAAACAAAACUUGGAAUUUCUACAUCAAUUUCAUCAUCAUUUACAUUUGUUCCAUCAUUAAAUGUCGAUAAAUAUGAAAUUGACAUUGAAAACGAAACGAAAGAAUUCUCUGUUUGUCACAAUGAUUCAAUUGACAUUGUUUGCGAAGAAAAAGAAGUAGAAAGUAAAGAUGUUGAUAAAGACUUCAAUGAAUCAGAAUCAGAAGAAGUUAAAACACUUAAUCUUUCUAUUGAAAGUAACGAAAUCAUUGACAAGAUUUCAUCACCACAAAACUUAUCUAUCACCGAUGACAUCAAUGAAUUCGAGAUUGAAGCAAGAAUUCCUCAACAAUUUAGUCUUAUUUCACAAGAAGUUGCCAAUUCACCAAGUACGAAACGAAACAUCUCUAUUUUAAGUGACGUUUAUGAAUUCUCUAAAUCGGAAACAGAAAAUGUUCAAUUUUCAGUUGAUUCUCAUCAUAUCUUUGAUCAAGAAGAAUUGACUAAACAUAACUUAUCAAUCACAGAAACAGCAACCGAAUAUGAGAAAUCAGAAAAUAAUAUCAAAUUCGAUAUUAAUUCCCAAGACAUCUUUGAGAAACAAAUAGAAGAUAAACAGAAGAUUAAUCUUUCCGUUGAUUCACAUGAUAUCUUUGAGAAAGAACAAGAGAAGUUUAAUGUUUCUAUUUCAGAGAAUAAGAAUGAAUUUGAAAAACAAGAACAAAAUAUUAAAUUAGAUAUUGAUUCACAUGAUAUCUUUGAGAAGAAAGAAGAGAAGUUUAAUGUUUCUAUUUCAGAGAAUAAGAAUGAAUUUGAAAAACAAGAACAAAAUAUUAAAUUAGAUAUUGAUUCACAUGAUAUCUUUGAGAAGAAAGAAGAGAAACAAAAUGUUUCUAUUUCACAAGAAAAGAAUGAAUUUGAAGUUUCCGAACAAACAAUUAAUCUUUCAGUUGAUUCACAGAACAUCUUCGAAAAGAAUGAAAAGAUUAAUUUAUCAGUUAAUAAUGAUUUGAAUGAAUUUGAAAGAGAAGAAGUUCAAAAACAAGAAUUAAGUUUGAAUUCUAGCGAAAUCUUUGAAUUGAACCAAGAAAAACAAAGCUUAUCAAUUACCAAAGAUGUAAAUAGUUUCGAAUUUGAACUACAAAAGAUCAAUCUUUCAGUUGAUUCCCAUAAUAUUAUUGACAUAUCUGAGAAAGAGAAACCAAAUGUUUCUAUUUCUCAAGAAAAGAAUGAAUUCAAAGUUAAAGAAAUGAAUAACAAUUUAUUUGUUAAUUCCAAUGAAAUCUUUGAAAAGAAUGAAGAGAAACAAAACUUAUCUAUAACUGAUGACAUCAAUGAGUUCGAAAAACAAGAACAGAAGAUUAAAUUAGAUAUUAACUCUCAUGAUGUAUUUGAGAAAGAAACAGAGAAGAUUAAUUUAUCAGUUAAUUCACAAGAAAUCAUUGACAUUGCAAUGAAAGAAGAAGAUAAAGAAAAGAAACAAAACUUAUCAAUUACUAAUCAUUUGGAUGAAUUCGAAGUUGAGCAACAAACCAAAGAAAUUAAAUAUGAAGUUAACAAAUGUGAAAUCUUAACAAUUGAAUCAACAAGAACUGAAUUUGAACUUAGCAAAGCAACACAAUUUGUUUACAUUCCAACACAAAACGAAUUUAGUGUUAGCUCAUCAACAAUUUAUGAGAUUCCAACAACAGAAAGAAAUCUUUCUCUUUAUACAAAUGAAUUUGUUGAAAUUCCAUAUGAAAAUGUUGAAACCAAAUCUGAAAUUUACAAACCAACAAUUGAAUUCUCAGAAGAUAUUUCACAUAAAAAACCAGAAACUACAAGAAAAGUUAAUUUAUCAUUGAAUACAAACAAUGUUGUUGAACUUAAAUCAGAAAUUUCUCGACCAAAGAUUGACAUUUCCCAAGAACUUUCUCAUGAAAAACUUGAAAAUGUUUCAAAUCUUUCAUUAAAUACAAACGAAAUUGUUGAAAUUCCUUAUGAAGUUGUUAAUCUCGAAUAUUCACAGUUUGAUGUCCAAUUCGCUUCAGAAGAGAAAGAAAUUCAUUUAGAACAAACUAAAUUAGAUGAAAUACAUAUUGACAACGAAGAACAAAAAUUAGAUUUGAGCAAAUCAAGUUAUUUCAUUUAUUCUCCAAUAAUUAAUACAGAACUUUCUAUUUCUCAACAAAACCAGUUUGAAAUUGAAAAUGAAAUCAAAUUGGAAUCAUCUAAAUCAUUAGUUAAUGAAAGAACAGAGAACAAAGUUAAUUUUGUUGUUUCUGAUUCAACAAAUUAUGAAUCAAUCAAAACAAAUGAUUCUAAUUUGAUGAAUUACAAAUCAGAACCAAUAAAUAUCAUUUCUGAAGUUAAAGAAAACGAAAUCAAUUCAAGAGAUAUGAAUUUUGAUUUCACAGAACAAAAAGAAUUAUCAAUAACUAAAGAAAAAAUUAUUGAUAUUUCUCCAACAGAAUCAAACAGAGUCAUUCAAUCUGAAACAUUUGAAAUUUCAAAGCCACAAUUAAAUUUAGUUCAAUCCGAAGCAUUUUACAAUUUCAGUGAUAAACCAACCAUUAAAUUGUCUUCUUCUGAUUCAUUCUUCAAUUUCAUUGAGAUGGAGAAACCACAUCUUUCUCAUUUGAAGCCAACAGAACAAUUCUAUUGCCAGAAUGAUGAAAUCAAAUAUGAUGUUUCAACACAAUCAGUUGAAGAAGAAACUCCAGAAUUUGAAAUUUCUAAGUCAUCUUUCUUCAAUUAUAUUCCAUUAGAAACAGAAGGUUUGUCUAUUUCUGAAUCCAAACAUUUAACUGUUGAUAACAAAGUUGAUUUGGAAAUGAGUGAAAUGAAUUAUGAUUCAUUUGAUUCCCAUGAAAAAUCAAAUCUUUUGACUUCAAUUUCUCAAGAAUUUGUUUUGUCAGAAAAAGAAAUUGAACUCAAAUUCAGUGACAUGAAUUAUGAUUCAUUCACAUUUGAUUCAAUUCCAAACAUGACAACAAUCAACACAGAAGUAUUUAAUACUAAAUCAUCCCAAGAAAUUCCAACAUUUGUUACAUUAAAUUCUGUUGUUGGAGAUUUCAUUCCAAGAGAAAUUGUAUUAAGAACUUCUUCACCAAUUAUUGAAGAUUUACCAAAGAUUAACCGUGAACUCACACAAACAAAUGAAGAAAUCUUUUCAAGUACUUAUUAUGUACCUGUUUAUUCCAUUGAUACAUCAGUAAUUACCGAAAUUGAUCAAAAUGAAUCAAUAACACAAACAAAUAUUCAAAAGCAUGUUUAUUCAGUUAUUAAUUCUAUUGUUGGAAGUAUUGAUCCAGUAAAUGAAGAAAUUUACCAUGAAUUUACACAAACAAAUGAAGAAAUAUUCACUAACAAUUAUACAAAACCUGCUUAUUCAGUUGUUAGUUCUAUUGUUGGAAAUAUUGAUCCAGAAAAGAUUCCUGAAUUGACUCAAACAAAUGAAGAAAUCUUUACUACAACAAGUUCUUAUUCUGUUCCAAGUUAUUCUACGACAACUUCUGUUAUAAGUGAAAUAGAACCAAGAGAAAUUGUUCUUAGAUCAUCCAAUGUUUUGUCGAAUGAAAUUAUUGAAAAGAAAGUUGAUUUGUCAAUUAAUUCUGAGUUAGAACCAAUUUCUAUCAUCAAAGAAAAUCAUUUAUCCUUAAAUCAAAAUGAAAAAAUUGAUUUCGUUCCAACAAAGAAUGAAUUCGAAUUAAGUAAAGUUUCUUAUUCUAAAGUCAUCACUGAAGAAGAGGAAGAACAAGAGAUUGCAAGUAGAGAUGCAAAGUUUGACUUAAGUGAGCAAAAAGAACUUUCCAAUCACAAUGAAAUUGUAUUUGAUUUCGUUCCAAAUCAAACAAACAAAUUCAAUUUGGACAAAUUCGAUGAAAUAUCAAUUUCUCCGAAAGUUUAUUUGUUGAGUCAUUGGAGUAGUGAAGAAACAGAAAUCAAAUCAGAAUCAAUUUCAUUUGAAACGAGUAACAUUUCUCAUUUCAAUUACCAGAAUGAAGAAAAUAAGAAAGAAAUCAAACUUGAAAUUGGUUUAGAAUCAUUUGAAACUGUUUCAAAUGUUGUUGUUGAUUACAAACCUAAAUUAGAAUCAUUUGUAAUUAAUGAUUUCGAAAUCCAAAAUGAACAGAAAUUAGAGAAAUAUAAUGAAAUCAUUUCCGAUAUUUCUAAUGAACAACAACAACUUGAAAUGAGUAAAUCAGUUCAUAACCAUCUAGAUUUGGCAGAAAAAUUAGAUCUAAUUAUUUCCGAUUCACAAACAAAUGAAAUUUCUGAAAUCAAACAUGAUUUCAACUUAAUUUCUCAUAAUCCAUUAGAAAUAGAACAAACAAAGAAGAAAUUACAGAUUUCUAACAAUGAUUUCUAUGUUGAAAAUCAUAAUGAAAUCAAUCUUAAGACUAUUGCUUUAGAUUCAUUUGAAAUCGAACAAGCAAAGAAAGUUUUAGUUGAAAAUGAAAAGAAAGUUGUUGAACUUCAAAAAGUUAUUUUGGAUUCAUUCGAUAUUGAUCAAACAAAGAAGAUCAAAUUAGAUAUUUCUAAUAAUGAUUUCUUUGUUGAAAAUCAAAAUGAAAUCAAUCUUCAAACCAUAGUUUUAGAUUCAUUUGAAUUCGAACAAGUUAAUAAGAAAUUAGAGAUUUCUAAUACUGAUUUCUUUGUCGAAAAUAUGAAGAAUGAGAUUAAAUUAGACACAGUUAAAUUUGAUCCAUUUGAAAUAGAGAAAACAAAGAAAGAAUUAUCAAUUUCAAACAAUGAUUUCUCAAUCAAUAACGAACAAAUUUCAGUUAAAUAUGAAACAGUUAAAUUUGAUUCAUUUGACAUAAUUAACAGUUAUUCUCCACUUCUUUCGAUUGUUUCAAAUGAUUCAUUGUAUUUAGAGAAAGAAGAGAAACAAACUAAAUAUGAAAAAGAGUUAUUAGAAUCGUUUGAAGUUCCAAUUCUUCAAAAAUCUUUGACAUUUAUUAGUCAAAAUUCAUAUGAAAUUGAUUUACCAACAAAGAAUGAAUUAUCAAUUUCAAAUGACAUCAAUUCAUUUAACAAUGAACAGAAGAUUGUUAAAUAUGAAACAAUUGUUUUAGAUUCAUUUGAAUUCCCAUUAAUUUCUCAACCAAAUGAAGAAGAAAAAGAUUUGGCAGUUUCUUAUCAAGAAAAGAAAGAAAAUCCUGUUUUGUCCGUUGUUUCAAGCGAAGUUUAUUACAUUGAUAAUCAAAUCAAAUCCGUUUCAUUAUCAUUGAUUGAACAAAAACCAUUUGAAGUCAUUCAUCAAUUACCUGUUUUAGAAUUAAGUUUAUCAUUAUCAAACGAAGAAGUUUAUAAUGAAAAAGUUCUUUCUAAACAUGAUGAAACAAUUGGAGACAUAAAGAAUGAAACAGAAUUGAGCUUUGAUUACAGCAAUUCUGUUUAUACAUCAUUCACAAACGAAUCAGAAACAAAGGAUUUGUUGAUAAGUGAUUCAUUGUCGAAUGAUUUCACUCAGAAACCAAAACUUUCUUGGAUCAGAGAAGAAAUCUUUUACUUGGAAACAGAUCAAGAUUUCAGAUAUCUCCACAACGCUUUGUCAUUAUCAAAUGCAAAUCAUUGCCAAGCUUCUUAUGUUUACUACGAAAAUGUUGAGAGUCAACUUUCCCUUGUUUCAAUGACUGAACCAAUUGAAAUAUUACCUAAAGAAGAAUCAAUAAAUAACAACAAAUUACUUGAGAUUUCAUCAGCAUCACAACAUGAAACAGAAUACAAACCAUCAUUGACAGUUAACUCGGACAUUGACAUCACAGACAUCGAACACAACAUCAAUGUUGAAUUAAGAAUCUCAGGAACGACAUCAGAAGAACGAACAAUUUUAGCUCAUCCAACACUUUCCAUUGAAGAAAACGAAUCCUCAAUUGAUCUCAACACAGAACCAAAUAAUACAACAUUUGACAUUGUUCAUAAUGAAUCAAUCAUUGACAUUGAUUCAGAAACAAAUAAUAAUAAAUCCAAACUUGAUCUCAGUGAUGUCAUUGUUGAAACUAUUGAACGUGAAGAACAUCAAUUUGAACUUUCCGAUCACAGAUCUAUUUAUGAACAACAAUCUAUCAAAGUUUGUGAAUCCUCUGUUGAAUUCAUCAUUGAUCAAGAAGAGAAAGAAUCAACUAAAUCAUUAAUUGUCUCACAAUCACAAGACGAAAUCGACAUUUAUUCAGAACCAACAUCACUUGAAUAUUCGACAACAACAUAUUCCGAAUUUGUUAGUAGAAUCGAAAAAACAAAUGAAGAACCAACAGAAAAGAAAGAAAAUCUUUCACUUUCAGUUUCCGAAAUCAAUUCCACAAACAUUGAUUAUUCUAAUCAACUUUCAGUCUCUGAUGUUUCUUUGAUUGAUCAUUCACAUGAACCAACACUUUCAUACACAAUCAAUCAUGAAAGUAUUGAUUUAUUACGAACAAUUCCACUUGACUUCUCAAGUCUUAAUUCAUAUGAAAAUGACUUCAAACAACCAACUCUUUCCAUUUACGAAAGCAAUAAUGAAAUUAAUAUUGAAGAACAAAAGACUAAACUUGAUAUUUCAACAGAAUCUUCCUCAAACUUCUACUAUUCACCAUCAUUAACUCUUAAGAGUUCAGUUGAAGAAGUUAAUGUUGAAUCAAUUUUGUCUACAUCAUUUGGAUUCUCAGAAAUUUCUUCCAAACAAUAUACUGUUGAAGAAGAAGAAACAAGUGAUGAUUCAGUAGAUUUUAAUUACAGCAAACUUGAUUACUUCAGAGUUAUUGGAGAAAAGUUCACAGAUCAUGAUCUUAAACUCACACUUUCAACAAACGAAGUUUAUUCACAAGAGAAAGAUAAAGAAACAGAUAAAAGAGAACAUAAUCUUAGUGUUGUUUCACAACCAACAGAAGAAAUCACAUCAAAUGUUGUUAAGUCAGAACUUAAUAUUUCAUCCAUUGAUUCAUUUGAAGUCAACAAACAAUUUUCAUCUAAUAACGAAAUCAAAUCACAAGAAAACAUUUUCAUUUCAUCACAACAACAAACCGAAUCAUUUGAACUUUCUAAAUUAUCAACAUUCGAAUAUCAUCCAGAUAAUACUAAUAGUUCAUUUGCAUUACACAAUGAAGAAACAAUGUUUAUUAAUAACAAUCACAAACAGAACAAUGUUUUGAAUUCACAACCAACAAUUUUCAUUUCAAAUGACGAAUCCAAGAAACAACUUGAUGUUUCAACAACAACAUCAUAUGAGAAAGAAGAAGAAGAAGAAAAAGAAAUUGUUGAAGAAUUUAAAGAAGACAAAUCACAUUCAUUUGUUAUUUCUAAUGAAAACAUCAUCAGUUAUGAAUCAUCCUUAGUUGACAGAACAUUUAAUACUACAAAUAGUUUGGUCAGUGACAUUGAACCACGCGAAAUCAUUCUUCGCUCAUCAUCUGCUUUAUCCAAUGAAAUCAUUGAAAACAAAGUUGAUUUGUUAAUUGACACAAAUGUAUUUGAAUUACCUAAAGAAGAAAUCAAAUACGAAAUUUGUGAAAAUGAGUCAUCAAUAUUCGAACAAAUUCCACAAGAACACGAAAAUGUUCUUUCUGAUUUUGUUCAUUCAGUUGAUAUCCAAGAAAACACUUCAGUUCUCAAUGUUAUUUCACUUGAACAAAUCAACAUCAUUCCAGAAGAAACAGAGUUAUUAUCAAGAGACGCCAGAUUUGAUGGAAAUGAAAACAAAGAACUUUCAAAUUACAAUGAAACAAUAUUUGAUUUCGUUCCAACAAACAAAUCAUCAAUAACUAACUUUGAGAAUAUCAACAUUUCUCCUGUUUCUAAAUCAUAUAAUUUGUCUCAUUUCAACUCAGAAACAGAAGUAAUUGAACCAACAUCAAUUGAUUUCUCAACAAGUGAUGUUACUUAUAACAUUUACCAAAUUAAUGAACAAAGGAAACUUUCAUUAGAAUCAAAUCUUUAUAAUGAUUUUGUUGAUCUUACUAAGUCUAAAGAUGAAAAACAAUUAGAAAUUCAUAAUGAAAUCAUCACUGAAAUCAAUAUACUACCAAGUGAUUUAUCUAUUAGCAAAGCUGUUGUUAACAUUGUUAAACCAGAAAUCGUUAAUUUAUCAAUCACAGAACUUGAGAAAUUCUCCAUUGAUAACAAACAAAAUACUGAAUCUUCCAUUGAUAAUUCAACAAUUUCUAUUGAUCCAGAAGAUAAAUUAUCAUUAGAAACAAGUGAAUUAGAAGUUCAUGAUUAUAAUUUGUCUGAAAAGACGAAUUUAGUUCAAUCAGAAUCAAAUUAUCACUUCAAAGAUUCAGCAGAAAUCAAACUUUCCAAGUCAGAAUCAUUCCAUCAUUUCUGCAGUUCUCAACCAAAUCUUUCUAUUAUGAAGCCAACAGAACAGUUCUACUGCGAGAAAGAUAACUAUAACAAGUUCAAUUGCGAGAUUUCAUCAGAAGAAAUUGUUAAUUUUGCAGAAAAAGUUCAAACAAAACUUGGAAUUUCUACAUCAAUUUCAUCAUCAUUUACAUUUGUUCCAUCAUUAAAUGUCGAUAAAUAUGAAAUUGACAUUGAAAACGAAACGAAAGAAUUCUCUGUUUGUCACAAUGAUUCAAUUGACAUUGUUUGCGAAGAAAAAGAAGUAGAAAGUAAAGAUGUUGAUAAAGACUUCAAUGAAUCAGAAUCAGAAGAAGUUAAAACACUUAAUCUUUCUAUUGAAAGUAACGAAAUCAUUGACAAGAUUUCAUCACCACAAAACUUAUCUAUCACCGAUGACAUCAAUGAAUUCGAGAUUGAAGCAAGAAUUCCUCAACAAUUUAGUCUUAUUUCACAAGAAGUUGCCAAUUCACCAAGUACGAAACAAAACAUCUCUAUUUUAAGUGACGUUUAUGAAUUCUCUAAAUCGGAAACAGAAAAUGUUCAAUUUUCAGUUGAUUCACAUGAUAUCUUUGAUCAAGAAGAAUUGACUAAACAUAACUUAUCAAUCACAGAAACAGCAACCGAAUAUGAGAAAUCAGAAAAUAAUAUCAAAUUCGAUAUUAAUUCCCAAGACAUCUUUGAGAAACAAAUCGAAGAUAAACAGAAGAUUAAUCUUUCCGUUGAUUCACAUGAUAUCUUUGAGAAAGAACAAGAGAAGUUUAAUGUUUCUAUUUCAGAGGAUAAGAAUGAAUUUGAAAAACAAGAACAAAAUAUUAAAUUAGAUAUUGAUUCACAUGAUAUCUUCGAAAAGAAUGAAGAAGAAAAACAAAACGUUUCUAUUUCACAAGAAAAGAAUGAAUUUGAAGUUUCCGAACAAACAAUUAAUCUUUCAGUUGAUUCUCAGAACAUCUUCGAGAAGAAGGAAGAAAAGAUUAAUUUAUCAGUUAAUUCACAAGAAAUCAUUGACAUUGCAAUGAAAGAAGAAGAUGAAGAAAAGAAACAUAACUUAUCAAUUACUAAUCAUUUGGAUGAAUUCGAAGUUGAACAACAAACCAAAGAAACACUUCAUAUUUCAGAAUCUCUACACUCUACUAUUUCUCAUGAAGCACAACUUGUUAUUUCAGGUGACAUCGACAUCACAGAUCUUGAUCCACAUAAUCAACCAAGUGAUGAAAAUCAUAAUCUUUCACUUGAAGUUGGUGAUUUGAAUGUUCAUGAAACAGUUGAAGAGCAAACUAAAGAACCAAUUAAAUAUGAAGUUAACAAAUGUGAAAUUGCAUCAAUAGAAUCAACAACAACUGAAUUUGAACUUAGCAAACCAUCACAAUUUGUUUACAUUCCAAUCACAAAUGAAAUCAGUGUUAGUUCUUCAACAUUCUAUGAGAUUCCAACAACAGAAAGAAAACUUUCUCUUUAUACAAAUGAAUUUGUUGAAAUUCCAUAUAAAAAUGGUGAAACCAAAUCAGAAACUAUUUACAAACCAACAAUUGAGUUCUCAGAAGAUAUUUCACAUGAGAAACCAGAAAUUACAAGAAAUAUCACAAUUCAAAAACCAGAAGAACAAAUUUCUCUUCAACCAAAGGUUUAUCUUCUUUCUCAUUACCCCGGAAACGAAGAAACUGUUGAAUCAACAGAGAUUUCAUUGAAUAAAAGCAAACCAUCACAUUCCUCAUAUACCUCUGAAGAUAACAAUCAUCAUUAUGAAGCAGCAUCAAUUUCUAUUGAUGAAACAAUUCUUUCUCAUGAAGUUAUUCAUGACCAAACUAAGUUAUCUAUCAACAAUGAAGUAAUUGCAGACAAUGAAAGUGAUUCAGUAGAUUUUAAUUACAGCAAACUUGAUUACUUCAGAGUUAUUGGAGAAAAGUUCACAGAUCAUGAUCUUAAACUCACACUUUCAACAAACGAAGUUUAUUCACAAGAUAAAGAUAAAGAAACAGAUAAAAGAGAUCACAAUCUUAGUGUUGUUUCACAACCAACAGAAGAAAUCACAUCAAAUGUUGUUAAGUCAGAACUUAAUAUUUCAUCCAUUGAUUCAUUUGAAGUCAACAAACAAUUUUCAUCUAAUAACGAAAUCAAAUCACAAGAAAACAUUUUCAUUUCAUCACAACAACAAACUGAAUCAUUUGAACUUUCUAAAUUAUCAACAUUCGAAUAUCAUCCAGAUAAUACUAAUAGUUCAUUUGCAUUACACAAUGAAGAAACAAUGUUUAUUAAUAACAAUCACAAACAGAACAAUGUUUUGAAUUCACAACCAACAAUUUUCAUUUCAAAUGACGAAUCCAAGAAACAACUUGAUGUUUCAACAACAACAUCAUAUGAGAAAGAAGAAGAAGAAGAAGAAAAAGAAAUUGUUGAAGAAUUUAAAGAAGACAAAUCACAUUCAUUUGUUAUUUCUAAUGAAAACAUCAUCAGUUAUGAAUCAUCCUUAGUUGAUCGAACAUUUAAUACUACAAAUAGUUUGGUCAGUGACAUUGAACCACGUGAAAUCAUUCUUCACUCAUCAUCUGCUUUAUCCAAUGAAAUCAUUGAAAACAAAGUUGAUUUGUUAAUUGACACAAAUUACAAACAAAUUGACAUUGACAAUGAAAUUCAAUUAUCAAUCACUAAAUCAACUGAUGUUGAAAUUUCUCCAGUCACUUACAGUUCUCUUCUUUCAAACACAUACAAUAUUGUUGCAGACAUUGAACAAGAAGAAGGAAACUUCAUCAGUCGAGAUAUUGACAUUAAAUCACCUGUUUUAAGUAGUGAUAAUUCAUUUGAAAUCAGUUUAAAUACAACUCACAAGGAAUUAAUUUCACAUCCAAUUGAUUCUGUUUCAAUCUCACCAACAAAGAAAGUUUAUUUGUUGACUCAUUGGUCAGGAGAAGAAACAGAUAUCAAACACGAACUUCCUCAUCUUAAACAAAGUGAUUUAUCUCAAUUUGAAGUUACUCAAAACUUUGUUUCUAAGUUACAACUUUGUGAUUUAGAAAAUUCAUUUGAUUUAAUGCCAAAACAAACAGAAUCUUCAAUUUCUAAUUUAGAACAAUUGUUUAUCGACAACAACAAAUCAGAGAAAGAAGAAUUUGAAUUGUCUGAAGUUUAUCACAAUUCUAUUUCUCAACAAGAUAUUAAGGAAACAAAGAAACUUUCAUUGAGUAACUCAAUGUCAAAUGAAAUGUUGAAGACACAGAAAUUCUCAUUCGAAAGAGAUGAAAUAUUCUACGUAGAAUCAUUAAGAAUCAACAAAUUACUUGAGAUUUCAUCAGCAUCACAACAUGAAACAGAAUACAAACCAUCAUUGACAGUUAACUCGGACAUUGACAUCACAGACAUCGAACACAACAUCAAUGUUGAAUUAAGAAUCUCAGGAACGACAUCAGAAGAACGAACAAUUUUAGCUCAUCCAACACUUUCCAUUGAAGAAAACGAAUCCUCAAUUGAUCUCAACACAGAACCAAAUAAUACAACAUUUGACAUUGUUCAUAAUGAAUCAAUCAUUGACAUUGAUUCAGAAACAAAUAAUAAUAAAUCCAAACUUGAUCUCAGUGAUGUCAUUGUUGAAACUAUUGAACGUGAAGAACAUCAAUUUGAACUUUCCGAUCACAGAUCUAUUUAUGAACAACAAUCUAUCAAAGUUUGUGAAUCCUCUGUUGAAUUCAUCAUUGAUCAAGAAGAAAAAGAAUCAACUAAAUCAUUAAUUGUCUCACAAUCACAAGACGAAAUCGACAUUUAUUCAGAACCAACAUCACUUGAAUAUUCGACAACAACAUAUUCCGAAUUUGUUAGUAGAAUCGAAAAAACAAAUGAAGAACCAACAGAAAAGAAAGAAAAUCUUUCACUUUCAGUUUCCGAAAUCAAUUCCACAAACAUUGAUUAUUCUAAUCAACUUUCAGUCUCUGAUGUUUCUUUGAUUGAUCAUUCACAUGAACCAACACUUUCAUACACAAUCAAUCAUGAAAGUAUUGACUUAUUACGAACAAUUCCACUUGACUUCUCAAGUCUUAAUUCAUAUGAAAAUGACUUCAAACAACCAACUCUUUCUAUUGAAUCAAAUAAUAAUGAAAUUAAUAUUGAAGAACAAAAAGUUGAAUUACAUAAGAUCAAUCUUUCAUUAGAGAGAAAUGACAAUGAAGUUGAUUUAUCAUUUGAAGAAGAAGACAAAGUUAAACUUGAUUUAUCAGAUGUUCAUUUCCAGACUCAUGAAUUUGUUCCUGUUUUGUCAAUAGUUCAAAAUCAUGAAGAGAUUGAGUUCCCAAGAAAUAUUUCUAAACUUGAUUUAUCAAAUGACCAAACAUUUGAACUAGAAUCAACAAAGAUUUCUAAUUCAUUCACUUUAGAAAAACUCGAAUCACAAGAAAUUGUUUCAAACAUCAAUUUGAAACUUUCCAAACAAGAAGAAAAUGAAAUCAAUGUUGAAUCUGAUUCUCCAACAUUCGAGUUGAGUUCCAUUUCAUUUAGCACUGUCCAACCAAUUCAACAACAACAGAAUGAAUUAUCUUAUGUUUCAUCAGCACAAAUACAAUAUUCAUACAAACCAGUAAUGAAUAUUUCCAACUUAGAACCAAUAGAAAUCAAACAAAAUAACAAAUUUGUUUUGGAUGAAACAUCAUCUUUGUUUGAAGUUCCUUUAAUUUCACCAAUUUAUUCAACUAAGAUUGUUUUCGAUGAUUUCAUUUCUAAUGAAAAACAAAUUCCUAAUUUACAAAAACAAAAUUUAGUUGAUAUUUCAAUUGAUCCAACCAAACACAGUUGUUCAAUUUGGUCAGAAAAUCAUUCAAUUGAAUCAGAAGAGAAAUCAUUUGAUAAUUCAGAGAUAACAUAUAAUUCAUUCGAGAGGAGAAUGAAUCCAUUAUCUAUUUUCAGUUCUCAACAAUUUGAUUUAGAAAAUCAAUCACAAAGAAACAAAAUUUCUCGGUUUGUUUAUGAUUAUAUAACAAUAAACAAACAAAACAAACUUUCUUUGUCAUCAACAAAUGAAGAAAUUAAUUUGAUUGCUGAAUCUACACCAAUUUUGGAUCUUUCCAUUUCAUCAGCAAAUGAAAUAAUUGAUUUGAUGAGUGAAACAAAUCUUUCUUUAUCAAAUAACAACGAAAUAAUUGGUUUCAUUGGAAAUUCCAACAAAUUAAAUCUUUCUUCAACAGAAGGAUUUGAUUUAGAAACAGAAACGAAUCUAAUGAUUUCAUCUGUUAACAAUGAAAUCAACAUUAAUAAUGAAAAAUCAUUUGUUUUCAUUUCUGAUGCUGUUUCAAAUGAAUUCAUGAAAGAAGAAUUAACAAUGACAAUGAAUACAAAUGUUGUUGCAGAUAAUGAAUCAGAAUCUCCUUCAUUUGAGUAUUCAUCUAUUGAUUACCACAUUUUAUCAUUAGAUCAUCCAAAGAAAGUCAAAUUAACAGUCUUAGAAUCAAAUGAAUUCGAAAGAUUACCAAAUAACAUGAAUUUGGACAUUUCCAAUCUAAUAGAAUCAAACAUUUACCACACAACAACAUUUAAUCAUCAAAAUCAAGAAAUUUUUGAUGUCAAAUCUUCUCCACAAAAGAGAGAAACUGUUUCUCAAGAAGAAAUCCCUGUUUUCGAGUUAUCAGAGUGCCAUUAUCGUAACCACAGUCCAUUACCAAUCAAAUACAAGUUGAUUUCUCAGAAAGAUUCAAUUAUAAAUAUUCAGAACAAUGUAAACCUCUCAAUUUGUGACGAUAAAUUUGAAUUCAAUUUAUCACAACAAGAAGAAAAGAAAGAAUUAAAGAUCUCCAAUUCCACAAUCAGAGAUAUAAAUUUAUAUGAUGAGAAAGUACCUCCAAAAGUUUCAGAAAAUGUUGUAAGUGAACAAAUAUUUAAUGAAACAAAAUUAUCUUUGUCGAAUUCCGAAAUUUACCAAAAUACUCCACAGAUUAACAGUGACGAUGAGGAAAUUCCAUCAUUUACAUUGUCUUCAUCAUCAUACUUCAACAAUAUCCCUCAAAUUAAUGAACCAAAGAUGAUUUUCCAAAUUUCGAAAUCAGAUAUCUUUGACAACAACGAGAAUCACAAAGAUUAUCAUCCAAUACUUGGUUUAUCACAUGUUGUAGAGAAUAAUCUCAUGGUUUCAUCAUCAUUAGUUGAGAAUUUCUCUCAAACAAAAACAGAAAUUUUGAAUUUGCAAAAUUCUGCUCCAAAUUCAUUCGAAAUUGGCCAAAUCGGAGAUACUUCACCAUUUAUAGAGAUGAUGCCUCCAUUACCUGAUAUUAUUGAUCUUUCCAUUUCCCAUGCAGUGAUCAAUGAAUCAUUCUACAGUUCGAAGAAGAACUCUGUUUAUGAUCCAAUCAUUUGCGAAUCUCAUUUCGUUUCUUUGGGAUGUGACAGGUUAAAUACAAGAGAAUCUUCAUCUUUGGAUGUUGAUUUACUUGUAUCUGAUCCACUCUCUCUUAACAUGGAAAGAACAGUUAAUUUGACACAAACAAAUUCAUGGAAUUUCACAAUAGAAGGUUGUGAAAAAUCCAAUGAAAAAGUGAAUUUGUUUGUUGAUAAUUUGGAAAUUUUCGAAAGAGAAGGAACAUCAGGAGUCUCCAAUUUACUUGAGAAGGCUUACGGAAAGAAAGUCAAAGAAUCAGAUUCAAUCAUUGAUGAAAACGAAAAACUAAAGAUGAGAGUAGAAAUGAUGAAGAAUAGAUAUGAAACAAUGAAACAAAAAUUCACAAAUUCUAUUGGACAACAAGCAGAAAAAGCUCAAAAACUUGAAGAAGAAAAUGCCAAAUUAGAAGUAGAAAACAUGAGAUUGAAACAAAGAAACAAAUCUCUUCUUAACCAAGCAGAAUCAAAGAUAAUGAAACUCUUAAAGAGACAAAAUGAAGAAAAAUAUCUUCCUAUUUGUGAUAUUUCUAUUUCUUCAUUUUACGAAACAGAAGAAGAACAGAAACCAACUUUGUCUGUUACAGAACUUAAUGAUUCAUCUGUUGACAUCAUCUUCAAACCAAAUUCUGUUGUUGUUCAAUCUGUUCCACGACAAAACAUCAUUUUGUCAACAGUUAAAAGCCAAACAUUCGAAAGAAUUGACAGAAAACUCGCAAUGUUCCAUCAGACAGGUUCUGUCACUAUGUCGAGUAUUGCACCAACGGAAGACAAAGCAUUCCUAGUGGUCGGUGGUCAAUCAUCAUAUUCGUUUGUUUCGCAAUUGCCGAGAUUGACAUUCGACUUCAAACACAUCAAUGUUUUGCCUCCAGAAAAAUCUUUCAUGCAUAUGGAAGUUUUGGAGCCAAUUGCACAUAUCCAUUCCGAAAUAAAGAGGAAGAAAUAUGUCGAUGCAAACACCCAAAAAUUCGAAGUCAAACCUGAAAGUGUCGACAUUUGUUUGGCUGUUUCUAAUUUAAUUGUAAUUGAAUCUCAUAAUUCAAUUGCACUUUCCAUUUCUGCUCGACCAAAUGCAUUCGAAACUGAUCCAUUUGCACAGUAUUUCUCAAGUCCACAGUCAUUUGGAGAGUCAAUAAGAGCACCUUUGUCUCCUCCAAGAAGAUUGAGCAAGAAAUCUCCUGAAAUGAUCAAAUUCGUGAACUCUCCGAAACCAAUAUUUACUCCGCCAAGUUCUCCAUCGCAAGAGAAGAAGACAAGGACAUUGGUUAUUUCUAAACCGAAUAUAUCAUUGUCUGUGUUGAAGAAGAAUUCGGCAUUGACAGUUUCUGGACUCACAAGUUACGGCAAAUCGCAAACAGACAAAAGUUUGUCGUUUGGUGAUUCAUUUUCUUUGUCAGUUCCAAUUCAAAAUAUUCCAAGAGUGAGGUCCUUCGAUGAUGAAGCCGAAGAAGACUCCAUGAGCAAGGACUCACUCAUAGCAAUGCUCAGACAAAGAGUAGAUGGCUUGAAUCAGCAACUUUCACAACAAAUUCAAAGAGAAUCUGAACUCGUCGAAGAGCUCGGAAGAGUUAGACGCAACUAUGCAGCUAUUAUUAGUCAGUAA